AGUAGUUCUGGGAGAGGUAUGGGGUAAAAGGGGACUUUGCCUUGAAGAGUCAGGGCCACCCUCCUGGGAGUUAAAUCCUACACUCACCACGCUGUCAGUUUGUAACCAGGUGACAGAGACUGCAUGUGUGGACUGUGUAUUUGUCCUUGCUUUGUUUUCUGCUUUUUUGAGGGAGAAUAACUGGGAAGGGGAAAAGCAUUACUGAAUUAGAAGCAAUUUUGCAUGGACCAGUCACCUGCUGCCCACUCCUGCUGGUAGCAACCUUGCCCUGUUUGCAAAAGCUGCAUUUAAAGGGGAGCAUGGCUCUGUUCAGAAAAUCAAUUUGAAUAGAAAUUCAGUCUCUGCUUGAUUUGGACAGAGAGUCAGGCAUAAUGAGGACACAGUGCCAGUUUUGCUGUCUUCUCAGGGCUGGCUGAAAGCUGCUUUCUGUUGUCAGCAGACAGCUUGGUGCUGGCGAGGCAAAGAGGACAGAGGCAACCUGUGCUAUCCAGGCUUAGCUUCCUGAAAUAAAACUCCAGGGAUGCAGAAGGGGCCAGUGAUUUAAUUUUCACCAGCGCAAGCUCUUAUUUAGACUCUAUUCACUGUGCCUUGUGUGGUAGCCUCCUGGAUGAUAGCAGACGUUUUCUGGUAUUGGAAUUGACCUCUCUUUUCAGUCUCUGGAGAUGUUCCCUUGUGAUACUCCGUUUGAGCCUGGUCCCUGCCUGGGUGAAAUCCCUCCCCUUCUUACCCAAACUCUGCUAACCAGCUGGUGACACUGCUGGUUGAAAAGUUCAAAGGUGCCAUGAAAAAGCUUGAAUUAUUAAUGCCACUUUCCUUCCAUAUGCAACAAUCAUUUGUUGUUUGGGCACAGCCCAGCCAGAACUGAUGUGAGACUCCACAGCUGGGCAGGCUUGCAAGGACACGGGAACAGACUGCAGGCUGCAUGGAAGCAAGGCAGAAGAGAAGGAGCGUGUUAGCAUGUACAUGAACAUGUCCUGUGAUAUGUGGUGCUGAGCAGCUUGCUGGAAUCAGGACGGACUGUGUAGUGAUUUAGAUGGAGUUACUAUAGCGAGGUGAACUGAAAAACUGAUGAGCAGAAUCUUUCACCUGCUUCAGUGUGUCCAGGAGGCAGAUGGUCCAGGGCAGUUAAUGAAAGCAGGGCUGAUGUCAAAGGAAUUGUUUAUGUGAAUUAAGGUAAACCUGCACAUACUCCUGAACACUGGAGAAAUGCCUCCUUAUCGAUCCAAAACUCGGCACAAAAAGGUUGGAAAAGAGAAAACAUUGAAUCAUGAGAAAAAGGCAAGCUCCCCAGGAGAUUCAAAGAUCCACUGUGGGAGACGGCGGGAAGGUAAGAGCAAAAGUCAGUUGAAGAACAAAGAGUCAUUGACUGAAAAAGAUGACAACCUUGAGCAAGACCCUUUAAAAACCCAAGGGCCAGCCAAGGAAAGCAAAGAAAGUGGCCACAAAGAGCUAUUCUGGGGGGAGAAAGCCUAUGAGAGAAAUGAUAAAAAAGAAUCUGGUGUGGGGAGAAAACAUGGAGAACAAUUAGUGUCCAAGUUAGAGAGGAAAAAAGCAAAGGCCUGCAAACCACAGGAGGUGACAUCAGUACAAGAAAGUGAGGACAGCAGUGAUAAGGAGGAAAAGACUGCCACAAACAGCAAGAAACGCAGUAUUAAAAGGAAGUGUGGAAAGCAUCCUGGUGCUAUUGAAAAAGUUAGUGACUCAGAGUCUGUAGAGUCCUCUGCAGUACAAAGUGUUGAAGGCUCUUUUCAGAAACAUGACUUGCCACAGAAAGCACACAAUGCCAGGCAGAGGAAGAAGCUUAAUGAGGAUCAUGGCAUUAAGAAGGCUUCUGAGCAGAAGUCAGGUUCUCAGUUCCAAGGCAGAAUAGCAAGGGAAAAAGGUGAGAGAAUGGGGAAAAAGCAAGUUGGAAAACGUACCCAGAUUACGGUCACUGAAAGUGCAGAAGAAAAGUUACUGGAAACCUCCAAUAACUCUGGUUCAGACUCCAGUAAUGAAAGCCAUUGUGCCUAUAGAAAAGAAACUUCAGUGGACAGCACUGCAAGCAGCGAAGAGAAGAGUAACUCCUCAGAAGAUAGCACCAGUGAGAAAGAAGCUAUGCUGGAGGAUAUUCCUGUGGCUGGAGGAAAAGGCUCCAAGGAAGUACUUGGUGAAAGCAAUGAAGCUUCUAGUAAGACUGAAAGAGAGCAGGUGACCACAGAUGGAAGGAAAGAAUCUGAGGAGGAAGGCACUGACUUUGCAGGAUUAGAGGCGGAGGAGAAAAAGAGGAAGCAAGAUGACAUGCCAAGACAUCCAAGAUCUACUCUAGCUGAGAGCAGUGAGAAAAGCGAUGAUGUGAGCAUUUCAGGAUCCCAACUGAUAAGUCCUAAGAACAGAGAAAAUGGUAGUACCACAGGAAGCAAGGAAAAAACGUUAGAAAAUGACAAGGUUCAGGAUAUGUCAAAAGAUGCAAGUGAUAAUUCUGGUGACAGUGGGGAGAACAGCACUGAAGGGAAUGCUGAAAAAGGAAAAGAAAGGGCAAGAAGAAAACCGCUACCUAGUGCUGUGAAAGCAAAACUCCCCAUUAGCAAAGUACUUCAGGGAACUGAACAGGAAAAAAAGGUGAAUGAUGAAGGCAGCACACUGGAAGACAGCCCUUUGCUUUUCAAGCAGCAAAUGACAUUGAAAGAGAAAUGCAUGAAGUGUGAGAGUGCAGAACAAGGAAAAGUGGUAGGACAUAUACAGAGGGAUGGUUCUUCAGACCGCAGCAAGCAGGCAGUAGCAGCAAUGAUGCUUACUAAGAAAUACUCUCCUCAAUCCCAAAUCCUUCUCAAUCUGAAAAGCAAACAUAAAAAUGCUGAGACCAAACUAUUAACAAGCUGUAAACCAAAUCCUGUCCAGAUGGCUUUGGAAAGCAGCUCUGAACUGAAAAACGUUGAAAGUAUCUGUUCAAAACCUACAACUCUACAAACCUUCAGUACACAGAAGGAACCCAACAUAGCUCAGAAUUUAGGAGAGAAAAGAUUAAGUCUUUCAAGCGUGUCAAGCUGCUCCUCUAUUAGAAAAAUAUCAUCUGAUAAGCAGCACCUUGGCAGGAAGAAGAAAGUUGGAAAGGUUACUGGAAAAAUGAAACUGGGUUCACGCCAGACUUUUGAGACAAAAAAAGAGAAAGCAGAAGUGGUUGCAGAGGCACCUUCUGCAAAAGCAAAUGUGCGUGAUGGGAAGGGAUCCAAGUACUUGCACAGCACCCAUUCUAACUUUAGAAAAGUCACCACCCGGCGUGGUCAAAAACCUUCCAAGAAAGCAAGCCUGAAAGCUCGCCUGCUGAGUGUGGCACGUGCAAUUGGUAUUUCAGGAUGGCUCUUGAAGAAAUUUGGGAAGAGGAAGAGGAGAAGUAAGCCUUUCUGGCUGAGAAGUAGAAUGGCUAUCAGGAUUGUAAGUACUGCUGGGUGGGUUGGUCAGUCUGACAAAACUUGCCCUGAUGUAGCCGGACAGCUGGAGAGGGGUGAGGUGAGUGACAAAGGCUCAUCUCCUCCAUUAGCGGAGGGGAGAGGGGGCCCUAAAACAUCAGAGGAGCUGGGACGUGCUGAUUUGCCUUCUGGUGAUUCCCCUCUUCAAGGAACCGGUUCCUUUCCAAACUCACUUAGCUUGGAUGAGGACAAGAACAAUAUUCCUGAUGCCAAGUUUGCUAUAGUUCUGCCCAGAGUGCACAGCAUGGUUAAGUCAAAGACCUCCUCACCUGCGGGCUCUGGAAGUGAUCGUUCCCUAGAGAAACCGAGAGCUCUAUCAGACAGAAGAUCUGUGAUGCCUGUGCAACAGGGCUGCGGAUUCAAGAGUGACCUUCCCAGAUCCUUGAUGGAUCAAAGCCUUCAGAGAAACAGCGAACAGUAUUCCUGCAAGAGGGAAAUAUUUGCAUCAACAAGUACAAGACAGGUGACACCUACUGCAACCCAAUGCAGAGUGACCAGCCUUCUGAGCUCCUUGCCCCAGCAGGUAAAAACACCCGAGAGUGCUGCCACAUCCCAUUUCUCCACUGGGCAAACUUUGCAGCCUCGCCACAAAGACCCUCACCUUUCCCUUUCUUCAAAAGCAUCUGGAAAUUAUUGUUGUCCAGGCUUCCUUCCACCUGAAGAAGAGGAUCCAACACAUACAACAGAAUAUUCUGGGGAGGUGGAUGUCAAAGAGUAUUCAGGUGGCCUCCAGACUGCAAGUUCCGAAGCCAUACCUUGUGUUCACUGGUCCCAGCAGCAGGCUCAGGGAUGUGAUCCUGUGGCAUGGCUGAACUCUGAAUUAUUGCUCCCACAAAUCACCAUCAAGAACCUCAGCAAAUGGGCCAUCUACAGGGAUCCACAUCUGGCCAACAGUCACGUGGUGAAGGUCUGCAAGGAUCAGUGGGAGGCAGAAGACAUCAGUGACGAUAUGCUGGAGAUGGACUUCAUGCAGAAACAGGUGUACAUGGAUGAAGACCACAGAGUAGAAGUUGAAGAGAUAGAAGAUCUAACCAGACUGGAGUACGUGUUGUCAGUGGUAUUCUGCAACUAAUUAAAGGUCACAGAGGCUUGUUUGUUAUCCUUAAAGCUCUUGCUGACUCAGCAAUAAAAAGCAAAUUAUAGAUCCGUGGCUACAACAUGAGAAAAUGCUGUUCUUGUUGCAUGAAGUGGGUGGUAAGUUGGGAAGACUUGCAGGAGGAGAAGGACAUUUUUAUGUUGUGUGCCUACUGACAGUGGCAUCUGUGCCUUUAGUAACUCCUGCUUCUUUCAGCUGUGUCAAACUCAGGCCUUACAUCUUUAACGGUUUUUAAUCAGUGGUUGUUAAUCAUGCUGCUGUUGAAAGAGGAGCACCUAACACUGUUGCAUGUCCUGGCAACCUUUACCCUUGUAAUUCUGCUUAGAGAAACAGCUCUAAAGGCUGUGUGCAAGGAGUUGUGAUCACAUGGAUAUGGGCAGGUUGGACACUGAGCUUUGGCUGCUCUGUUCUCUCUGAUGUGCUUAUUCCCAGACAUGUUGGAACCGGGUGAAGGUAAUGAGUAGUUUCAGAUCCCAGCCUCCCACAAAAUCCAUGGGAGGGCAGAAAGGUUAAUAUCAGUACAUACAUUUGAAGCUUAUGACUGACAGAUUCUUUCCUCUGUUUGUAGGGAAGUCUGUGAGAGUUCAGUUCUGCUGUGUCUGAAGAAAAGGUUCCAUCGCAAUCGUAUUUAUGUAUGGGUAGUAGUGGUUUUGUGUGUGUUUUUCUUCAGUGCUUAUUCAUUCUGAACAAUGAGCUGUAAG